AUGGAAUACAUCAGGUCUCAGAUCGAGAAAAAUGAAGAACUUAUCAGGAAAAGAUGUGAAACCUGGUCAAAAGUAAGACUGGAUGAAUUGCAAGAUAAGAUUGAAGCUGACCAAGAUCGCUUGACGGAAUUAGAGAAUAUUCAGACUGGAAGCAGCAAGACACAUAAACAACGCUUGCAGCAGAUGAGUAAACGUCAAGCACGACAGCUUCUUGCCGUGAAUCGAGUUGGUAAAAGAAAACUUGGGGAUCAAGGAAGGAAGUCCUUGAUUGAUAGCGACACAGAAGAGAAAAUUGCAAAAGCAAUUGAAGACAAAGCGACGUAUCAUGGACGGCGUCAUAACACAACAAUGUAUACAAACCGUCGCGUAAAAGUCGCUGAUUUACCUGGCAUUGCAAACCACUUUUUGGCUUUAGCGGGAAAGCCUUUAAUCACUUCAAAAACUACUGUUUGGAAUCGGUCUGAACCUCGGCGAAAAAACUCUAUUCAAGCAAAGCUCCAUCUGGGAAAAGGAUUAUUCUGUAUGAAAAAGCCGCCUAAAACCGAACAUUGCGAAAAUGAGUCCACCCAUCACCAGAGGGCUCACGUUAAUAACGUUAAAAUGUUAUUCUUCUCUCGCAGAAAUGAAAGCAACCGAAAGUACUGCUUUUGUCGGUCAGUAGACGACAAAGCAUACAUAAGACCUGGAACAGGCGAAGGAAUGAACCACGCUAGAAACCAGAGAAUUUUACAACCUACUGCAGAGGAGAGGUCUUGA